UCUCUCUUUUGCCUUUGCUUUCUCUCUUUUCCUUUUUCAUUUUUUGUGAUUCCUUCACUUCCCUCUCUCUCUUUCAUUUUCUUUGAAUCAAAAUCUGCAUUUCAUAUUCAAAUUCGGCAAAAGAUUUCUCCAUUUAUCAAUUCCUCUCUUUCUUGGUUUCAAAGUAUAAGCAGUCAGAUAGAUCCAUUUUCUUGCUUGUACAAACACCUUUUGAUUUCUUGAGUUUGUGCAAACCCAUUAAUUAAGAGAAAAGUACUAUCUUUCGAGACCAAAGAUUCAAUCUUUAUUAGUUGCAAUUGACAAUUUGAUCUCUGGGUAGCCUUUAGCUUUCAAGAACUACUCAUUCUUGAACUGUAGUAUAUUAAUUUUUUCUGUUCAACAAAAUCUUCCACAAUCAUGAAAGGUGAAAGAGUAGCAAAAAGAUCAUCAUUUGGAAGCAUUGUAAGGAAAAGACUUUCUGAUAUUACUAAUUCUCAGUCACAAACAAAAUUAGUUAACAUUGAGGAAAAGCAGCCUCCAAUUUCUGAUCCUACAGAAGGCUUGAUUAAUCAGCUGCUCAAGGAAAAGGCGACAUUAAUGAAACUUGUUGAGGAGAAAGAUAAAAUUAUAGCAUUGAGUAAUAAUCAAAUGAGGAGUCUGCGGUUGCAUUAUCAGAAGCUGCAGAUGCAGAACUGGAAUCUUGCUCAAUCAAACAGCCAGAUGUUAGCAGAGAUUAAUUUAGGAAGAGAAAAGUUGAAAUCACUACAACAUGAACUUAUAUGCAAAGAUGCCUUGCUCAAAGCAAAGAAUUUGGAAUUAGAGGGAAAAACAGAUAUCACCAGUCAAAACAAUGGCUCGCAGGAAGCGGAGAAGAAUGCUGUAGGAGAAUGCUUAUAUAAAGCUAGUAAUGGCAGCAAACCUGGCAAUCAUCGCAUCAGAAGGCGUGUAGCAAGAAGCCAAUCUAUGGGCCCUUCUACUACAUCUAGUAGACAAGAUGCAGAAAAAGAGAAGCUUGAAAACAAAAGACGGUGUCUGAGAAGGCAGUCUGCUAGGUUCAAAUCACAGGAAAGAGAGCCUAGUGAGAACUUGUUUGAGAUUGAAGAUGUCACAUUAUCAAUCACUCAGCAACUUGAUAAUCCAGUUGAAGAAGAUGCUCAAACUCUGCCAGAGUCAUCUGUUAUCAAGGAAGAAGAAACAUGUGACUCAAGAACUGAAGCACAAGUACCACAAAGAUCUUCACUAGGAAGACCAGUACGUCGAGCCGCUGGGAAGGUGCAAUCAUACAAAGAAGCUCCUAUCAAUGUCAAAUUGCGCAGGAAGGAUUGAACAUAAAUCUACACUCUAUUCAUAAACAUUAAGUUGGAAGAAUUGUCAUUACAAUGUGUUCCUACAUCUUGUCAUUGUAAGUUCAUUACCGGUUGUUGCUGUUGUUGUUUUUGUUCUUGUUCUUGUUAUGUUGUAAGUUUAACAACUGUUAUUGCUUGUUGACAAGCCUUGGGAUGAGCAAUUGCUUGAUCCAGUCACUUUCAUUUGUAAAUGCUUCAUUUAUAGGGAGCUUGGGCUUGCACAUCAAAGCCCAAAUCUGGAGCUCUGCCCUUCUUUCUUAUGUGAUUGACAGAAGUGUUAACCCUCCUUAGGAAGAUUGCUUUUGUUCCUCAUCUCCUUUUGAGUACUAAUUGUUGAUCCUUUCUUAUUGAAAAUAUUAAAGGACAUUUAAAAUGCCUAA